AUGUCGCACCAUCACUCGCACUCAGGUCCAUGCGGACACGAUCAUAAGCACGACGAUGACUCGCACGUAAAACCCGAUGUGGGAGAUCAAGACCUUCUUUACUCCUCCAUCGAUCGAGAUCACAUCAUCACCCUCAACGAAUCUAUCCUCGGUUCAGGCGCAGCCAUCAUCAAACCUUGGGAUCAACGACUCAAUCCUGAACCAGAAUGUAUCUCGGACGCUGACGAUCAACUCAUUAUUCACAUUCCCUUCACUUCCUCCGUAAAACUUUCCACACUUCUGCUUCGUCCAUCUUCAAACACCGAUUUUACACCAACCACGAUCAAGCUCCACAAAAAUUUGCCCGAUUCCUCGAUCAACUUUGACGACAUCUCCUGCUUAGCAGACUCGAAAGCCACAACUAAAUUGGACAGCAUUCCAACAGUGUCAGAUACAACAGAGGUCAUAAGUUUCCCUCUGCAACCGGUCAAAUGGGCAAAUACGGAUAGCAUCACCCUCUUUGUAGAGUCUAGUUUGGGCGGAGACCAAUCAGGUAUCCAAUUCCUAGGCUUCAAGGGUAAGAGUUCCGCAAUCACAAGAGCAGCACCGCAGAAUAUCGUAUAUGAAAGCGCACCACAGGUCAAAGAUCACAGCAAAGUCGGCGCUGAUCCUCUCAAGUCUGCGCAUGGUUUCGGACACUAG